UUCGAUUGAGUUGUGUUGACUGUUUGAAGGUUUUGAAGUUUGACUAGUUAAUAGUGUAGUGUAUAAAAAGAAAAUUAAAAAUUGUGUGCAAUUGUGUAGUGUUAUAAUUCAAUACCAUUUUAAAAACUUUGAGGAGUUAAAAAAUAGAGAAUAAUUAACAAAUGUUUAAAUGGAAGCAUCGUCCAUUAUUACUCAGGUGUCAAGAGACGACGAACAUCUGAACAGUUAUGCUUCCGAAAAAGGGACAUUACCUACAUCUGAAAAUCAAGUGGACACAGGUCAUCAAACACCUUAUCAAAAAAAAACAAAAAAGGGAUUUUUUCAAACACUCUUUUGUUGUCUUGGCAAAAGAAAAAACAAAGGGCUCAAUCAGGAACACAGCGUCGAUGGAUCACAAUAUACUGAUCGCAACAGGUGUCCAGAUUUGUUGCCCCCUGUCAGACACCAAGAUGUAUAUAAGAAAUGUAUGGUUAUAGAUUUAGACGAAACACUUGUUCAUAGCAGUUUUAAGCCAAUAAGUAAUGCAGACUUUGUUGUGCCUGUAGAGAUAGAUGGAACAGUACAUCAAGUGUACGUUUUAAAACGACCACAUGUAGAUGAUUUUUUAAAGCGUAUGGGUGAACUCUAUGAGUGUGUACUAUUUACUGCAUCACUAGCUAAAUAUGCAGACCCUGUAGCUGACUUACUGGACCAGUGGGGAGUUUUUAGAGCAAGACUGUUUAGAGAGAGUUGUGUAUAUUACAGGGGUAAUUAUGUAAAGGACCUUAAUAAGCUCGGACGGGAACUAAAACAAAUUGUUAUAGUUGAUAAUUCACCUGCCUCUUAUAUAUUCCAUCCAGAUAAUGCUGUGCCAGUAGCCUCAUGGUUUGAUGAUAUGAGUGACUCAGAACUUUUAGAUCUAAUUCCUUUUUUUGAAAAAUUAAGUAAAAUGGACGAUGUAUAUACAGUGUUGCGUAAUUCUAAUCAUCCUUAUAAUAAUAGUAUUUCACAAACAAAUGGUCCUGCAAACCAUACAUUAAAUGUACAAAAUAAUCAUUCACCUCCAAAUACGUAGCGAAAUAUGUUUUUUAUAGCUACUAUAUUAGUAAUUGUUAUUAUUUUAUUACAAGUUUUCUUGUAGAACACUUUGUUUAGACUAACAUAAAAUGUAUUAUUUUAUAAUUUAAUAUCAAAAUAAUGACAUAAUCUUGUUAGGAAGUAUGGUAAAGAUAAUACAUAUCCCUCGAUCUAAAAUGAUACAGGGUAUAACUUAAGAAAAUAGUUUAAUCUGAAAUAUUACUUUUUGUUUACUUAUUAUUAUUUUUUUUUUUCAUAUGAAAUAUUUCUUUUUGAAAUGAAAUACCUGCAAUAGCUGCUACUUAAAUUACACCAAUUGAUAACCGUACUAGGAUGAUUCAAUAAAGUAUAGUUAUCUUCUAAGAAGAUAGGUCUAUAUUUUGUGCAAAUAUUAUCAAUAGCUUCAGUAAUUUCUUGUACUAUUUAUAUUUUUAUAUUAAAUGACAUUUAUUUAUUUUUAGUUGUCAAAACUAUAUAAAUUUAAACUUAUAAGGUUUGAAAUCCCUAUGUGUUUCAGAAAUUUUUAGUAUCAAAUUUUCUGUUCAUUUGUGUCCAAUUGCCAGUAAAUUUAAAAAACAUUUAAAAAAAAAUAUUUCAUUACUAAAGUCAGUCAAUUUUGCAUGUGAUUAAAAAUGCAAAUUAAUUACUCGGGGGACAAUAGAACUGUCAGAUAAUUUUCUUAUAAAUUUUUGGUAACAAACGCUAUGUUACAUAUUACAAAAUAGGCAAUUAAAAGUUGGUAUAGUAGAACCAGAUUAUUCAGACACGAUAAUCUGGAAUUCCAGUAAACUGAAGUGAUGGAAUAAAUUCAAUAAUCUGCACUACAUUUUAUAAACCAGAAUAUUUCAAAAUAUAGUCUGAAUUUUAAAGUUUCUUUGAGGUUGCAAAGCUUCUUUUAAUAAUUUUUGUAACUGUAUUUUUUAAAUCUGUAUAUAAAUAACAAUCAUUUAAUAUAUUUUUUCCUCAUUUUUAAUCUGUCGUCUAUGAUUUUUCAAUAGUUCAAAAUAUUCACUAAUUCAAACUACAUAUACAGUGUGACCCUUUCGAAUUAAAACACCGUUGUAAAAUUAAAUUAAUUUUUUUUUCUAACAUAAA